GUGUUUGCAAGACUGUCUGUGCCAACUGUUUCUGGUAAUCUUGAUCUCAGAGAUGACUCACAUCUCAGAAGCCUGGAUAUAAUAUGUAUACGGAGCUUAAAUGGUUGCAGAGUUACUGAUGAAAUACUACACCUAGUGCCAAAUAAAGAGAACGUCUGGCUCACGCUCUGUGCAAUUAAACUGUGGGCAAAACGGAGUGGCCAAAACCUGUAUUGCUGAAACAACAUGAAGAGAGCAAUCUUAAUUUACCAGUAUGGGACGCUAGGGUGAACCCAUCAAACCGAUAUCAUGUAAUGCCUAUCAUCACCCCAGCCUAUCCACAGCAGAACUCUACAUACAACGUAUCUACAUCAACGCGAGCGGUAAUGGUAGAGGAGCUCAAACAUGGUCUUGCGGUUACAAAUGAGAUUCUCCAAGGAAAAUCAGACUGGUCAAAGCUCUUUGAACCACUGAACUUCUUUCAGAAAUACAAACAUUAUAUUGUGCUGACUGCUAGUGCCUCUACUGAAGAGCAUCACUUAGAGUGGAGUGAAUAUGUGUCAAUGUGGUUUCUUGGAAUCGUAUUUAGGAAAGUGGAAAAUGCAGAAAGUGUUAAUGUUGAUUUAACGUGCAUUAUACGGUCAUUCAAAGAUACAGCUUACAGCCAGGCUAACUACCUCAAUGUGCUAAAGGAAGGUAUGAAGAUUGAGGCAGCUCAUGUGAAGAGAAAGCAUCUCCACUAUUUUUUGUUACAGAAAAGAAAGAAGCAAAGCAUGCCAGGUACUAGUCAAAAUGUUCGUGGGCUUCAGUGCAAAAGGACUUCUUCAGAUGGAAGCUGUUUGGACAGUUGCAGAGACAUGGACUCCAGAACACCAGAAAUGCUGUGUAUCAGAAAUCUAAUGGUACUAACAACAGAGAGAAGAUACUUCAUGUAGUUGUGCCAUCAGUGUCUAACAGACUCUCCAUUCCUGUUACUGAUUCAAAAAUGGAGGCUACAGUUGCAAUAAGAACAUUGGGACCUCCAGUUGGUUGCACCAUUCCAGGACAUAAAACAAUUUCUCAACUCAGAGCACAUUUUGUCCAAGGACAGCGUGAAUUAAGUGGGACUCCGAUUACAGAUCCUAAGAAUGCUGCACCUAAACGACCUUGUUCACCGACCACUGAAGGACCUCAUUCACCUACAUCAGAAGAAUGCCCCAAAAAACCAGUAGACAGAGAAAAGGUAAGGAAGGAGGGCUAGGCCAGGGAGGG